GAAGUUCUGAAAAUAAAAUAAACAAAUUUUAAAAAUAGUCACCCCCUUUAUGUGAAAAGGAAGGAGUAGCAUGCAAAGCGGAAAUUAAAUGUCUUUUCAUGAGCAGCAACGAAAAUUCAAACGAAGGAAAUGUGAAAUCAGUUUAAGAAAACAAAACAAAAAUAUUAAAGAGCAUAACAUAAUUAAAAAGGAAAAAAUAUGAUAUAAGAAAAUUUUCUAAAUUAUUUAGAAAAAUAUGAAAAUUCUUUGUGAAGUGCCUUAUCGACUCAAGAAUGCUUGGACGAGUUUUUGUGUCACAAGAUGUUGAUGUUACACAGCUGUUCCUUGCUGGAGUUGAAUGUAAUAGAAAGAGUAACGCCAGAGUUCAAAGUGAUAUAUUCAACAGUUUUACGAAGUGAUUUAAAGAAUUUAAAAAGAAAAAACUAAACCAGUUAAGGUUUUUAUGUGGAAAAGUUUUUAUCUGCAAAAGAUUUUAUGUGCAUAAUUUUGAGCUGCUCUAUUAAGUGUCCCCCAAUUUGUGAUAGCUGACGCCAUAAUACAACUUUACACAAUGGCUACUUCAAAUGGAUAUAUGAGUAUAUUUCUUUAUUCUAUACUGCUGCUGGCCACAUGCAGUCUACCGGCAGCCAGUGCAAUGAAAGUCUCAUUCUUUGGCGAUGGUUACAUAUCUAUGCCACUGCAGGAGGCAAAAAUGUCUACAAAUAUUCGCGUUAAAUUUCGCACGCACCAGGAAAAUGCAUUUCUCUUUAUGGCUGCCGGUCGGACGGACUAUUGUCUUAUGCGUUUGGAAGCAGCAGCCAUUAGUUUUACCUAUAAAAUUGAACGAAAUGUUGUGCAGCUGCGGUCCCCCAAAAAACAGAAGCUCAACGAUCUGGAAUGGCAUGAUGUUGCUGUGCAACGCUAUGAGAACAACAUCACCUUACAAGUUGAUGGCCAUAUCAUAAGAAAGACUUUGCCCGCCGAAAUGGGGGCUCUUAAUGUGCAUUUUGGCACCUCCUUAGGUGGCCCUGGAGAAUAUUCGCCGGAUUUUUUAAAUGACUUGGCUAGCUUUAGAGGUUGUAUAUCAGAUGUGUUCUACAACAAUAUCAAUAUCAUAAAAAGAGCCAAGGAAGGCACCGGUCAUACAGACAGCAAACAGGUGUCAUGGACCUGCAGCACGGAAUUCGAAGGAACCACUAGAGAUAGCAUAAGUUUUCUUAAUACAGACUCAUAUGCUUUGAUGUCCAAGGAAUCGCAUGUGGCGGGAGAAACUGUCUCCUUACAGUUUCGCACCAUGGAGGAGUCCGGCGUUCUCUUCUACAAUGGCGGCUUUGACUUUGCCUUGGCUGAAAUCGAAAACAAGCUGCUCUCGUUCACCUUCAACAAGGAGGGCAGUCAAAUUAAGUUAACCUCCAAUGAUUCUGUAGCCGAUGGCAAGUGGCACAAGCUGAUGUUGCGCUACAAUGCCGAAAUGGCUGAAAUGACUCUGGAUGAACUCACCUAUAGAGGUCAACAUGAUAAUGACACUAAGCUGGUAAUAAAUUUGGAGAAAAGCGUCUUUGUGGGUGGCGUUCAAGAGGAUUUGAGGCGUCGCCUUUGGCACAAGGGCCUUAGGAUCAAUGAUAACAGUUUCAUGGGUUGCAUUAAGGAUAUACGCAUUAACAACAUGGAAUUGGGUUUACCGCAGGUGAAUAAAUCUCAGCAUUUGGCUUUGAAUUGUGUUUGGAAAUAUCCUUGUGUGGAGUACGAACCCUGCUUGAAGAGUGGCUAUUGCAAUCAAUAUGGUGUGGAUGAAUUUAUAUGCUAUUGUGAUCAGUCGUAUUGCAUAAAGGCGGAUUUUGAGGGACCCUAUAAGAUUUUCACCGAAACCAGUCCCACCACUGAACUACUUUAUGUCUCGCCCAUGGAGCUAUUGGAAGGUGGUACCGUCUUUCUGUCACCCCAUUUCCUCGAUGUGCUGCUGGAUAUGCGAAAAACAGCCGGCAUUACAGAGUCUUCGAUAAUUUUUCAUGUGGUGCAACAACCACGCUAUGGCCAGUUACUACAUUUUUCACCUGAAAAAAAUAAUUUUGUCAUUUGUCGCACCUUCAACAUGGUGGAUUUGUCCACGGAUAAGGUGAAAUAUGUUCACAAUGGCAUGGAGAAUUUCAAUGACCAUGCCAUGUUGGAUAUACAAAUCUAUGGGGAUAUACACAAAGUACCGGAGAAUAUAUUGGGCAAGCAUCGUUUUAUGUUGCAUGCCAACAUAACGCCCAUUAAUGAUCCGCCUCAAUUGCAAAUACCUCCCAAUAAGAUUUUAAGGGUCAUAGAGGGUAUUGAAAAAAUUCUAGAUAUGGAUCUCUUCAACAUUCAGGAUCCCGAUAGUCCUCCAAAUGUUUUGGUCUACACCAUAUUGCCCACCACCAAUCAACAGGAGACCUAUGGCAGAUUUAUGGUUAAUGGUCAUGCCACUAUGACCUUCUCCCAGGCUGAUGUCAAUUUGGGCAAGGUAACAUUCCUCUACAAUACCACCACUUCAGAGUCCUUCAGUUAUCAGCUGUUAAUGCAUGUCUCCGAUGGCAUAGAGACUAGUGAUACGGUAUUCCUAUCCGUGUCAGUACAUCCUUUGGAGUUGCGUUUAGUCAACAACACUGGACUGAUAAUGAUACACAAAUCUUCUCUGUUGAUAACACCUUCGAAUCUAUCGAUUGGCACCAAUGCGGCAGAUGAAAACAUCGACAUACGUUAUGAGAUUGUAAAACCUCCCCAAUAUGGUUCCAUACAACGUUUGCGCCAAGUCGAUUCCACCUGGGUUAAUGUGGAUUGGUUUAGCGACAGUCAAUUGCUGUUGGGUCACAUACGUUAUGUGCAUAAUCUGGAUUUUCCUUGGCAAGAUGAAUUUAAGUUUAUUGCCUCCUUUGGCUUUGUGACUACGCAGACAUUUGACUUUCGGAUUACCUUUACAAGGCUGCGCAUCAAUUCACGCAAACCUUCCAUGAUUGCCAUUAAUGGCACCAGAGAAUUCAUACUUACCAAUGAGGUAUUGUCCUAUGAAACGGUGCCCAUUGAGACCUUUCCCCGCAAUAUUAUCUACAAAAUUAUGAGUCCCACCAAAUAUGGCAACAUUUUUGUGGAGGGCUCAAGGAAAUUUGCUAAGGAAAUGGAUUCUUUCACCCAACAGGACAUAGAUAAAAAUCGCAUUCGCUAUAAAACCCAUCAUGCUUCAUAUUCCAGUUUCUUCGAUAGCCUUGAAUUUAUUGUCUCAGUGGCUGAAUGUGAUGAUGUAGUGGGGAAGGUGCAAAUAAUGUUUACCCCCUUGGAUGAGCUGGUGCACAAAUUGUCCUAUCAAACGCGAGAAAUACUCAAAGUGCAAGAGGGUGAAAGGGCUUUGAUAACAAAAAAUCAUUUCGAAAUACGCUUCAACAUUUACGAAAGUCUACGCUUUGUGGUAACUCAUAAACCUGAGUAUGGCACUCUAUGCCGCUAUGAUGAUCAUGAUCGCAGGGUUACAGUGAUCCAAGAGUUUACCUUAGAGCAAUUGUUUCUCAAUGAGAUCUAUUAUUGCCAUGAUGAUAGUGAAUCCACUGAGGAUUCCUUUGAUCUUCUUAUCCUGUCAAGUGAUGAGACAGAUUUGCAAUUUGUUUCGAAAAUUGAUGUACGCAUUACCCUGCACAAUGACAAUGCUCCUUAUCGUACUUUGGAUCGCAUUUUCCAUGUCAUGCGUGGUGGCAUACGCACCCUGAACACAGAUGUUCUGCAGUAUUUGGAUGUUGAUGUGGAUACGAAUACUUCCAAUAUUCAUUAUCUGCAUAUAUCGUGUAAUAAUGGAGCCUUCUACAAGUCCGGACACUAUGUGGAUAGUUUUACCCAAGAUGACAUAGUCAAUAGGCGUAUAAUGUUCCAGCACACAGGAACCGAUGUGGGCACAGCCUCUUUUAUAGUCAGCGAUCAGUUGCACGAUGUCAAUGGCUUGUUGGAAAUACAUGCCUCUGAUGCCUUUGUUUCGAUAUUACCCACCAAUGCCACCAUAGUGCAAGAGGGCAAGUUUGUCAUACUACGCAACAAGGAUUUUGUUUUGGAAACCAAUUUGGAUAUGAAAUUGGAUGAGAUCUACUAUGAAGUUAUAAAGCCGCCAGCCUAUGGUAUUUUGAUGUAUUUGGGUAGACCUAGAGCCAGUGAGGAUGCCGCAUCGUCGUCAUCCUCCUCUUCAGUGCAUUAUAAAUCCUCGAAUCUAACCUCGUUGAAUAAUUUCACUCAUUUGGACAUAGAACGUGAUCGCUUGGUUUACUGGAAUACUGAGAUAGCUUCUAUGGAUAAAUUGAGGUAUCGUGUUCAUAUCAAGAAUAUUAGUGCCGAAGGUGAAGUCAUAUUCCGCAUUUACCCCUCGGCCUAUUGGGAACCGCUACAAGUGAAGAAAAAUCAAACAUUGUAUGUUGAAGAAUCAACGAGUGUGCUGAUUUCGCGGGAUAUUCUAGAGGUUGUCCACCCUAAUAUAUCCCCCGGUGAUAUAACAUUCCUUGUUACUGCUUCACCUUUACAUGGAUAUCUAGAAAUGCAGUCUAUGUCCUUCGAUGAUGAGUACAAUUGCAAAGUUUUCGAUCAAUCAGCCAUUAAUACAGAGAAAAUGUUCUACAUUCAGGCCGGUGUCAAUCAGUCUAGUGAUUAUUUUGUAUUCGAUGUCACCAAUGGCAUAACAUGGCUGAAGAACCUAAUGCUGCGCAUUAUCAUUAUACCCGAGAAGCUGUACAUGCACACCAACACCAUAUCGGUGGUGGAGGGAAAGACGGUGCAACUUACCUCGGCCGAUAUACAACCAUUCUCGGAAUAUUAUCGUGGCAAAAUUUUGGAGUAUAUCAUCACCACCAGUCCCAGUGGGGGCUAUAUAAUGGCCUCCAAUUCCAAGGUGAAGAGAUUUACCCAAAAACAAUUGGAUCUGGGAGCCAUACAAUACAUACACAAUGGCAGUGAAAAUUCCACCGACAGCAUGACCAUGAUAGCCACAGCCCGGAAUAAGGAAAGUGUGCCAUUCGAAUUGGAGUUCUCAAUAGUACCAGUGAAUGAUGAGCAGCCGGUGGUGGUGACCAACACAGGAUUGCAGGUGUGGAAUGGAGGACGUUAUGUUAUACGCUACACUGAUUUAAUGGCUCGUGAUUAUGAUACCCCUGCUGAGAAUCUUACCUUCCUGGUCAAUCACAUCAAUGGCGGCUAUUUGGCUUUUAGAACGGAUUUGGAUAUGAAAAUCGAUAGCUUCACCCAGAAUGAUAUCAACAAUGAGCAAGUCCUCUUCAUACAUGAUCCCAAAUCGCGUCAUAACGACAUGUCCUUCAUGGUAACCGAUGGCCUAUUCAAUACCAGCGAGCAAGUGCUAAAUAUUGCCAUUAAGCCCACAGAGAUUAUUGAAGAACGCAAUGAAAAUCUUCAUGUCUUCCCCCUCACGAAGAAACAGAUACUUAGAGAUCAUUUGUAUUUCAAGUGUUCCGAUGAGGAGCGAGAAAUUCGCUACAACAUAACAGUUCCUCCCAAUUUGGGCCGUAUUGUUAAUGAAUAUCUGGAAACUGGUGGCGGCCAAGCCCGAGAAGUAACCGAAUUUACCCAAGAUGAUGUGGAUAAUGGUCGUAUCUUCUAUGAGCAUACCGCAGUGAUUAUAGAAUUUCGCAUUAAUGACUCCUUUUAUUUUGAUGUCAUUGCCCAGCGUAGCGAUAAAUUGAGGGAUCAAAGAUUUAACAUUGAAAUUUCUGUUUCCUCUGGAGGACUUUUGAGAUUUUUACCCGUCUCCAAGCUUAAUGUGGAAGAAGGUGGUUCUGUGCCCAUCAAUUUGGAUUUCUCCAAAAUGUUGGAAUAUCUUAAGACCAGAGCUGGUAUCAACAAUCCUGAGCUGUAUAUAGAAGCUUUAAAAAAGCCCAGUCAUGGUACAAUUGGAUUGGGUCAUGAAUUCCGACCCAUGCAAAAAUUCCAUCCCAGUGAUUUCUUUACCAAGAAGGUGUAUUAUAUACAUGAUCAUAGUGAUACGCUGGAGGAUACGAUAUUGAUGUCGGCUUAUUUGGAGCAAGGCCACAUUUUCCUCUGCAAUCUCACCAUACCGGUUUCCAUAAAUCCCAUCAACGACCAACCUUUCAAACUGAUAACCCAUCAACCGCAAAUGACUGUGGUGGAGGGGGAGAAUCGAACCAUUACCCGCAAUAUACUGGUGACCGAAGAUAAGGAUACACCUCCAGAGGAAAUCAUCUAUGACAUCAUGAGUGGUCCCACUUUGGGAGUGCUUAAGAAAAUCUCCAAAGAUGGGGUGGCUGAAGAGCUGCUGGCCUAUUCGAAUCAAUUUACCCAGGCCGAUAUAAAUAACGAUCGCAUAGUUUAUGUGCACUUUGGAACACCACAAUCGACGACUUUUUGUUUUACCGUCUCCGAUGGCAAAUUCAAUCCAGCCUACGAAGUGUUUACCAUCAAAAUAGCACCCAUAUCCAUGGUGCCAUCGGCCUCUCAAUAUCCUGUGGAGGUACAACAAGGGGCCACCACGGCGGUAAUGAAAUUGGAGAAUAUUGGCAUUAAAACCAAUGUGCAGCCGCAGAGGUUGUCCUAUAACAUCACCAAUUCGCCUUUGUUUGGCAUAAUUGUGCUGAAGCAUCAACCGACUUUGAGGUUCAAUCACUAUCUGCUGGAAAUGGGGCAAAUUAAUUACAUGCAGACUGAUUUAAAUCGCUCCAAUGAUACCUUUCAGGUGAGUGCCUAUGUGCCAGGCACCAACUAUGCAACCACUGUGGAUGUUUUGGUGCAAGUGGAGCCAGUUAUAAAGAUUACCGAUCUGGCCAUGAAGGGAGUGCCGGCGGGAGAGAAGGUAAGACUUAUGUCCCUGCUGGUGCCCGAUAAUCCCUUAUCGUUGAAGCUGAACAAAUUCAAUCCCAAGUUCUUGAUAACACGCACACCUUCCACCGGGCAGAUAAGGAAAAUUAUACGCAGCUCUGGUUUAUCCAAUGAUGCACAAAAUGAAAGAACCACCACUUCGUUUUCGUUCAAGGAGUUGAGAAGUGGAGUGGUCUACUUUAUACCCCAUGAGUCGGCUGAUAAUACCGCCCUCGACAUGGAUAGCUUUGAUUAUCAGCUGCACAUCAAAACAGUACAACCGGCACAGGCCACAGUGCAUAUUAUCUAUAGAGCGGCAGUGGAUGAAACCACCACCAUUACCAGAGCCUCACCUGGCUUCUCUUUGAAUUAUGUGGCCAUUAUAUGUGCGGUCAUAAUCUUACUAAUGCUGGUCUUGAUUAUAAUGCUGAUAUUGAAAUUCCGCCAUUUGAAACGCCACAAGGCCAACAUAUCCAAAGAUCAGCCUCCCGCAUUGCCUUGUCCUCCUGACCUAACCUCGGUGAGUCCGCAACAUCAUCUCAAUCAUCAUCAUCAUCACUAUGCAAACUCUGAGGCCGACUCCAUGCCGGUGACAGGCAAUUCCACACCACUACCCGGUUUUAGCAACAUACCCCAUUGCAAAAUCAUACCAGUGGAAUCGUACAAACACGAUUUCCCCGACUACGAUCCCGAUGAGGAUGAAACAGAUGAUCAAUGUGAUCCCCAGCAAAUGAUGUUGCCACAGCGCUACAAUCCCUAUCAGCUGGAGAAUGAUACGUGGAGUUCUUCUUGCGAUAUGGCCAAUGAUUUUGGAGGCUAUUCAAGUGUGCCACAGAGUAGUGGGCAACCCAACUCGAACUCACCGCCUUCAGCGCCACCUAGCAAUCCUUUGCUAAGGCGUAAUCAGUAUUGGGUAUAAAAUCCAGGGGGACCCACACAAGGGAGGGUAGCUAUUAACACACACACAAACAGAACACAAGUGCUUUAAAAGUGCCUUUAUAACUUAAACCAUUAAUUUAUUACACUCUUGCCAUAAGUUUUUUUUAGAUAUAAAAAAUUUUACUAUUAGUUCCAUACCUUGACGGUAUGGAACCAUACCAUUUAAGCCAAAUUGUUCUUAGCCAUAAGAGACGACUUGUAUACUUAAGUAAUGAGGCGAAAUCGAAACGUUUUAUGUUUAGCCAUAGAUUAACUCUGUAGUGGUAAUUGUGCAAACUCACUCUUAUUGUUGUCUCUCUUAUCCAUGUAUGUACUUGCAGCAGUAGUUUAAGUUGAGAAAAAAGUACCGCCGAAUUUUGUUUUGCCACCAUACGAAUUUUAACUCCGUAGCCAUUUCUUGUCGUUGCCAUCAUCGUUUUUAAUAUAUGUACUGACUUAGUUCUAAGAUUGUCAUUUAUUUGUCGUUAGAAUUUUGUGGCCAUUUUUAUACCCACCACCGUAGGAUAGGGGGUAUAUCCAGUUAGUCAUUCCGUUUGCAACAAAUCGAAAUAUCAAUU